AUGUCUGGAACAACGCAGCCACAGCCUCUCUUCACAGACGCCCUUCGGCAGCGCCCCCGCUGCCAUCACCUGGACAUGGAAACCCAGCACACCAAUACCCUGGGAGAGGGUGUCUGGAGCAGCAAAGGCACCUGGGCAAGAACAGACAUCGAGUCUAGGUGGAAGGACCGUGAGGCGUUUGCUCCCGUUACGACCUGGCAAGACCCUGAAGGCUGUCUCAUCUUAGAAGGAGCCGAUGUGCCUGGAGCCACUUUGGAAGCUGAAGAAACCCAAGAGGACGUGACGAUGCCAGCGGGGCUGAGCGGCCCAAAGAACCCGUGCAGACCAUGCACCUUGUCACGCAGAGCCAGCCGCCCUACUUGCCCCAUGUCGAGGGUUAAGAUUGCGGGGAAAGAGAUCAUCACCUUGAAAAAGAAGAGGCUCUUCACGAUCCUCAUCUUGAUGCUCGCAGGCGCUCUAGCUGGUGUUUGCUGCGGGAGCUUGAUGCUCAUGUUGAGGCUGUGGACACAGGACGCGCCGCAGGUGCUGCUGGGGCAGCCUGCCGCCGACCUGCUCUCCCUGCGGAACACGAUGGCUCUGGGCGGGGAACAAUCCCAAGAGAUGAAACAGCUGAGAGAUGAGCUGGUGCGCCUGGCUGCAGAGAUCAGCGCUACCAUGAAGGAAGUUCAGCAAAUGAGAGACGCAAUGUCUGCAACCACGCAGUUGUCUGACUGGGCUCUGAAAAGUGCAGGGGCUGCCAUUGACCUGCAGAGAUCGUCCAGCAGAUGCACAGGGUUCAGCAGUGUCUUUUGGUUCCUGUGUGAUCCACCAGAGCUGGGCACCUUUGUGCAGGUAGAGUAG